AUGACGAAGAAGAAGGCGACCAUGUUGAUUUAAAGGAAGAGGAAAAACAAUAGAGGCGAUUUAUUUCAAUUUAAAUUCAGUUAUUAAAGCUACUUAAAAAGAAAGCAACCAAUCAGCCACAAACUGGAUAUCCUUUGUAAAAUAACAGACAAACUAAGGUGACAAGUUUGAGUCGUUGGCUGACUUUGAGGAGGCAGUGGGUUGAUCACAACCACACUCUCACACUUCACACACCUGAAGACCUGUGGUGUUCAGGGAGAGAAGGUCGAACACCUGGAGCAGAAAGGAAACUUGCACUGAGGACUCAACAGGGGUGAAAAGCUGUUUGGCUUUGGACUAGAUAACCCCCUGCAUGACUUGUGUUUUCAGGAUCCUUUUUUUUUUCCACACGUGGAGCAACAUAUACCCACACAGUGGAAACAGAGAGCAUUACAGACUAUAUGAUUUUGGGGAAAGACUUGUACAAAGUUGGACAUCCUUUUUUCAAAGACAGGGAUAUUGAGCAACUCUUAUGGACUCAAAAGUGGAAACGGGAAAUAUUGUUCCAUUUAGAAACAGAAGUUUAAGUAUUGAACUAAGAUUAUAUUGAAGAAACUAUUCCCCAAGUUCAGAUUGCCUUAGUUGUUCUAUUUCAGGACUUAAACCGCUUUGAUACUUGUUCACAUAUAAUUUUUCUAUAUUGUGGGCGAGUAUAUUCAUGCAUAUGAAUGCAAAUUUCUCUUCAUUUUGAAGAGCUCUUGUGUAAAAACUUGUUUUUUUUUUUUUUAUGUCUUGUACGUCAGUCACUCUGUUGUUGAAGGGGACCGAAUUGCACGUACAUGUGUAUAUGUAAAUACUACGAAUCGACUUCUGUUGUAAAAGCUUUGGACUUAAAAAGAAUAGAGAAUAUUGUUUGUUAAUGCUUUAUUAAACUUUUUUACUUUUGAAGAUAAUUUUUAAAAAGGAAAAACCUAAGAGGCAAAAAUCUAAUACUUUUGAAGAAAAAAAAAUCAAAAGCAAGGAAACCGGGGAAAAUGGCAACCGCCAGAACAGAAAACGUUGGCCCAGUCGUCAUGGGACUGAACAAGCAGAACGGGCAGCUCAGAGGACAGACCAAACCACCUUCAGUCCAGCCAGCACCCACAACUCAAGGAAAGGCUAUGGGUGCACCCCAGAAAGCAGGUGGCGCCCCUCAGGAUGGAGGGGGUAUCAAGUUUGGAGAUGACUGGAAAAAGAGCCUAAAGCUCCCUCCCAGAGACAACAGGGUCAAAACCUCAGAUGUCACAUCCACCAAGGGGAAUGAAUUUGAAGAUUACUGUCUCAAACGAGAACUCCUGAUGGGCAUCUUUGAGAUGGGUUGGGAGAAACCGUCCCCUAUCCAGGAGGAGAGCAUUCCCAUCGCCCUGUCUGGACGGGAUAUUCUGGCCCGGGCUAAAAAUGGAACAGGGAAAAGUGGAGCCUAUCUCAUCCCACUGCUGGAGAGGAUAGACCUGAAAAAGGACCACAUACAGGCCAUUGUCAUGGUGCCCACCCGUGAGCUGGCGCUGCAGGUGAGCCAGAUCUGCAUCCAGAUCAGUAAACACCUGGGAGGAGUCAAAGUCAUGGCCACCACUGGGGGCACCAACCUGCGAGAUGACAUCAUGCGCUUGGAUGAGACCGUGCAUGUGGUCAUCGCCACCCCUGGCAGGAUCCUGGACUUAAUAAAGAAGGGAGUGGCAAAGGUUGAUAAGGUCCAGAUGAUGGUCAUGGAUGAGGCGGAUAAGCUGCUCUCUCAGGACUUUGUGGUGCUCAUUGAGGACAUCAUUGGCUUCCUGGCCAAGAACAGGCAGAUUCUGCUCUACUCUGCAACCUUCCCGAUCAGUGUGCAAAAGUUCAUGGCCAAGCACCUUCAGAAACCCUACGAGAUAAACUUGAUGGAGGAGCUGACUCUGAAGGGCAUUACUCAAUUCUACGCCUACGUCACUGAGAGGCAGAAAGUCCACUGCCUCAACACACUGUUCUCCAGGCUUCAGAUCAACCAGUCAAUCAUCUUCUGUAACUCCACUCAGAGGGUGGAGCUGUUGGCCAAGAAGAUCACUCAGCUUGGCUACUCCUGUUUUUACAUCCACGCUAGGAUGAUGCAGGAAUACAGAAACCGUGUGUUCCAUGACUUCAGAAACGGACUGUGCAGAAACCUCGUGUGCACAGAUCUCUUCACCAGAGGUAUUGACAUCCAGGCUGUCAACGUAGUCAUCAACUUCGACUUCCCUAAGAACGCUGAGACUUACCUCCAUCGUAUUGGAAGAUCAGGGCGGUUUGGUCACCUGGGCUUGGCCAUCAACCUGAUCACGUCAGAGGAUCGCUUCAACCUGAAGGCCAUUGAAGACCAGCUGGUGACCGACAUCAAGCCCAUUCCCAGCAGCAUCGACAAGAGCCUCUAUGUGGCCGAAUACCACUCAACCAGCGCCGACUGUGAUGUGGAGGAGGCCGAGAAGAAACCAGGGCGCGAACAGGAUAGCACCUAAAAAAGGACAUUAAGACACACCGGGCUUUUGCACAGACAUCAGCGCUUGCACACAGUCUUCAGGCAACUCUUCAGUUUCACAUUUCUCCCUCAUUUUCAGAGCCUGACAAAUGGAUGUAAAGGCUGUUUUUAUUAAUAAGUAUUUCCUUAGCUUUUCCUCAAAGAGCUGCCUCACUUUUUUUUUUUUUUUUCUUUUUUUUUUUUUUUU